UUUUCAUCAUGUCGCAUAAUUACCAUUUCUUUUUAGUGGUGAGAAUAUUUAACAUCUAUUCUCUUAGCAACUUUCACGUAUAUGCUACACCAAUGAACUAUUCAGGCUCUGUUACAGUAAAACUCACUAUCUUGCAUUUUGACUGGAUCUUAUCUAUGCGUGAUUUUGUCAAGCCAAGCAUUAGUCAUUUGAAAAUUAUUGGUUCACUGAGUUAUGCAAAUCUUUUAAAUGUUGCCACAUUUCAUUAUACAACAUCAAAAUCACAUUCAUUAAAGUCACCGCAAAUCUCAUCAGAAAAGUCUUUCUUUAUUGGGAAGCUAUCAAGCUCACAGUGGCAGAUAAAAGUUUUCCAAAUUUCUAAUUUUCAUUAAAAAUAUUGAAUUUUCAGCAACCAAAACUGUCAGUUGUUUUCUUUGCAGUGACAGAUGCACUUGGUUCCUUUUGGAGAAAACGUCUGCCAGAUGCCCAAGGCUGAAUAAUCGAGGUUUUUCUACCAGAUGUACUUCUAGGUAAGAAUGGUGUUCAUGAGUAGAGGAGCUGGUUCAACUCACAAUUCAAUCACUUAACCCUUUUCCUAGGGAGUCCUCACACCUUGAUAUGCAGCAGAACUGCUGACCUCCCAUUUUUAAUAUUUAAAUACGGAAUAUUUAAAAGAUAUGUGUUCAGUGGUUGAAGUUUAAUAAAAUUAGUAACUUUUACUGCAGUUUGGUGCCACUCCCUUGAUUUGUACUAAGGUGCUGGCAGUUUUACCCAUCAUUGCUUUCGCAGUGUCAUUGAAAAUGUCACCACAGUGAAAAAGGCAAAUAACAGCUUAGUAUUACUAUAAACGUAAUAAUACUGGGGGACUUCCUGAAAGGGUCUCAGGGUCUCCCAGAGUUCACGGACCGCACAUUGAGAACUGCUGCCUUGAGAAACUCUUGCACGUGUGAACCAGGAAACAUAUAUCAAGGAUGUUUGCAGCAGCACUGUUUGUAACAGCAAAAGUCCAGAAACAACAUAUUUUCAUCAGCAAGGGAAUGGACGAACUGUUGGUAUAUUUAUACAACGGUCUACCGCACAGUGGUGAGUGGACGUACUAGAGCUCUGUGCAUCAAUCUGGGUGAAUUUCAGUGUCUUCAUUUGUACUCCACCAAAAGCAGAGUGGGAGACAGACCUUUGGUGAGAGCGUUUAUUUAGAAGGUGAUCUCAGAAAUGGUGAGUGAGAAGACAAGGAAGGAAGAACAACAGAACGUGCAUUAUUGAGCUGUGAUGACUGCGGGCCACUGUGCUCCUUCUCGCUGGGAACUCUCUGAGGAAUGGUGUAGAACACAGCUCAGAAGGGUCCCUCUAAAGGUGUGAGGUUGGUGCAUUUCCCACUGACUCCCAUCAGCGCCCCAUUUGAUCCCCUGGGACACUAACUUCUCUGAACCCCUGGGCUGCACACAGGCUGAACAGCCUUUCCAGGCUUUGGAGAGAGCCGGAGAGAGAGAAGCAAAGAGAUGCUGUGGCCUUUGAGGUGGCGUGCUGGUAGCUUGCCUGCAAGUCUCAGCUAUCCGAAAUCAGGUCGGCUGAGGGGAUGUGGCGUGGGCCACCACAGGUAUCUGCUAGACUGAGAAAGUACUGUUGAGUGAAAAAAGGAAAUCAUGGAGAAUUCUGUACAAUGUGCUCCAUGCUUAUAAAGGUCAAAAAUGCACAAAAGCAUAUAAUGCAUUGUUAGGAAUGCAAUGUGGAUAUUAUGAAUAUACAAUUAUGGAUAUUUUGCAAGCAUGAUGGGCAGGAAAGGGGUUAUCACAUGUUGGGAGACAGUAAGCAAGUUUGCUUGUCAGAAAGCGCAUGUCUGGGUGCAGCUGGAGAUAAAGGUGGUGAGUUAAAGAAGGUAGCUAAUUGGUGAGUGUCUUUGAAACCAACCUUCAAAUUUACUUUGAUUUGGAAAGUAAGGGGAGCAAACUUUUCAGAAAGGGUGUGAUAGGAUCAAAAUGUAUCAAAGGGAAUCACUAUGCAGUUAGCUUGGGAGGGAAAAGGAGCUAAGGGACGAAGGUCCCUCACACCCGGUGGCACUCGGAGGUUCCCUCACUUGUAGGGAGCUUCCUCUUUGCCCUGGUCCUUUAUCAGGGGCAGGCAGGCAGGGCGUGGCUUGUUGGUGUAUAGAGACAGCUAGCAGGGAGUCUGUGGAGGCAGAGGGAGCCCCUGCUGAGGACUGAGGGCUUGAGAAUGAAAGAUGACCUUUUCCCAGGUCCACCUUCGGAGCCCUUCCUGGUGCUACUGCCUGAUGCCCGAUCUCCCCGAGUGGACGGAGGGAGCGUUCCCCACUUGGAGACUCCAGCUCUGCCAGUGAGGGACAAAGGGCCUCUGAUUCCAAAGGCGGUUGGAUGGCGAUGGCAAGUUCCUCUGGCUCCCGGCUCUCCAGCUGCCUCAUCACGCUCAUCUUCCUCCAGCUGCCCCUGCGUGUGUCAGGGGACGCCAGCAAUGUCCACUCAGCCCCGCUAGGGGGCACAGCCGAGCUGCCCUGCCCCGUCUCCCUCUGGGGAGUCACGGCGCUCCCUGCCGUGACGUGGCUGCGGUCCUCGCCCUCGGGGAGCUCCCAGGCUGUUCACGUGUUCCGGGAUGGGCAGGACCGGGAGGAAGAAGUGAUGCCGCAAUAUAAGGGGAGAACGAAGCUGGUGAGAGACGCCCAAGAGGGAAGUGUCACUCUGGAGAUCCGCGACGUUCAGUUGGAGGACCGAGGGCUCUACAGAUGUCAAAUCCAGGUCGGAAAUCUGAGUCGAGAGGGCACCGUGACCUUGCAGGUUGCAGUUCUAGGCUCCGAUCCUUACAUCCACGUGAAGGGGUUUGACACUGGAUGGAUCCAGCUGGUGUGCAGGUCGGUGGGGUGGUUCCCAAAGCCUUGGGCCCAGUGGAGAGACCCUCAAGGCAGAGUGCUUCCAUCCCUGUCGGAGGCCUAUUCCCUGGAUGAAGCUGGGCUCUUCGGAACAGCGGUGUCCAGCAAGGUCACCGACACCACCCUGGGGAAUGUGUCCUGCACCAUCCGCAACGUGGCCCUUGACCAAGAGAAGACCACAGCCAUGGUCAUAGCAGCCCCGUCUCCAGGGAGCCUCUCUUCCUCAGCAGUGGCUCUUGCUGUGAUCCUGCCUGUCCUGGGGCUUCUCAUAGUGGUGGGCAUUUGCCUCAUCUGGAAGCAAAGAAGAUCAAAAGAGAAACUUCUCUAUGAACAGGCGGUGGAGGUGGAAAAUCUUCUCACAGGCCAUGCAAAAGAAAAAGGAAAGCUCCAUAAAGCCCUCAAGAAACUCCGGCAGGAAUUGAAGGUGAAAAGAGCUGCAGCAAAUUCAGGCUGGAGAAGGGCCCGCCUGCACUUUGUGGCGGUGACCCUGGACCCGGACACAGCACAUCCCAAACUCAUCCUGUCUGAGGACCGGAGAUGUGUGAAGCUUGGAGACAGAAGACAGCCUGUGCCUGACAACCCCCAGAGAUUUGAUUUUGUCGUCAGCGUCCUGGGCUCUGAGUACUUCACGGCUGGCUGUCACUACUGGGAGGUGUACGUGGGAGACAAGACCAAAUGGAUCCUGGGGGUGUGUAGUGACUCAGUGAGCAGGAAGGGGAAGGUCACCGCCUCGCCUGCCAAUGGACACUGGCUUGUGCGACAGAGUCAGGGGAAUGAGUACGAAGCCCUCACUUCCCCGCAGACCUGCUUCCGCCUGAAAGAGCCCCCGAGGUGUGUGGGGAUUUUCCUGGACUACGAGGCAGGAGUCAUCUCCUUCUACAAUGUGACUGACAAAUCCCACAUCUUUACUUUCACCCACACUUUCUCUGGCCCCCUUCGCCCUUUCUUUGAACCUUGCCUUCAUGAUGAAGGCAGGAACAUGGCACCUCUAAUCAUCCUUUCAGAACUCCAGAAAUCUGAGGAAUCAAUUGUGCCCAAGCCAGAAGAAAAAGGCCGUGCCAAUGGAGACGUGGCCCUGAAGGUGGACCCUUCCUUACUGCCCCCUCAGACACCAGAGCUUUUGCCCCUCAAGGAUAUGAUCCUGUCCUGGCCCUCUGACCUUAGCCCAGCCCUCCAGGGGCUCAAUGUGCCUUCUUUUUAGGGACGUGCCCCAUUACUCGCUCCCCUGACCGUCCAGCCCAGUGCCCUGGAUUUCAGUCUCCUGGCCCAACACGUGAUUCUGGAACAUCUCAUCUUCUUUCCCCAAAUCCAGAUCCUUUUGUGGUUUCAAUUUGUACCAGCUUUCUCCCCGGGCUCGGUUCUAAACCCUUCCCUCUUUCUGGGCACUUGAAGUUGUCAUUACCCUGGAAGGAGCAUUCUUGAAAGCCGAAUGAACGAUCAGAUUAGGUUUAGGUGGUGAUGUUGAAGGUGUUUCCCCGAGAUCCAGGGGUUCUCUACUUGAGGGGUAUUUAGAAGAACUUCCUCCUGCCUCAUCCUGCAUUUGAGCUUUUGGUCAUGACGUUAUGGUGCCCAAUCCCUGACUUCUUACUUUUCCCAUCAAGAAUUGCUUUUCUCCUUUUCUGUCUCUCAGUUCAGGCCUCUAGCCCUCAAAGCCAGUUUUUAAAAAGUAAACAUGUUUUGGAUGACACACUCUUCAUUCUUCUGGAAUAUGAGACAGGGGCUCAGGACAGAGGGGUACAACAUGCCAUCCUUUUCCAUUUCCUUGAUGCUGUUUACACCCUAGUUUGGUGACAUCCAGAGCUAAUGUACGUGCUUUCAAAUCUGAUUUAUCUAUUGAUGAUACCCAGGUACAGGGACUGUAAACAUGGUCGCUAUAAUCCUGAAAUGCCUCGGGAGCACAAUCAUGGAGCUGGGAAGCAGUUUCAGAGCAGCCCAGCUGUGUGUGGCCUUGAAAAGACGGUGGCGGUGAGUCUUUUGCUGGCCCUUUUGAAUCCCGUCCUGGGAUUCAGAGAGGCCCAGCUAGAAAGAGUGGCAAUUUUUUCCCACAAGAAAUGAUAUUGAAAGACUUGACUGUUUGUGUAGCAAACAGCCUCUUAGGUCAAAGAGUAUUGAUUUCAAAUAGGAAGUUAGUAGGCCAGGUGUGAAAAUAAAAUAACGAACCUGAUUUUUGGUGUGGAUUGCAGAAAGAAGCCACUUUCAAGUCACACACAUAUGUGAUCUGGCCUCUUUGUGGAGGUGUUGGGUAUCAGUCUGCAGAUGGGUACACGGUUCUACCCAACAGAAUAUGUAUGCAGAGAGAGAGAGAGAGAGGGAGGGAGAGAAAGAGAGGUAUUUAUUAUAAGGAACUGGCUCUUGCAAUUAUGGAGGCUGGCAAGUCCCAAGAUCUGUGGGGUCAGUCAGCAAGCUGGAGACCCAAGGCACCCAAUGGUUUAGUUCCUGGCUGAGACCGAAGGCCCCAAACCUGGGAAAGCCUGCAUUGUAGGUCCAGUUUGAAGGUUGACACACAGGCUCAAGACACAGGAAGAACCAAUAUUUCAGUUUGAGUCUGAAGGUAGGCAAAAAGUUGAUGGCUCAGUCUGAAGGCUGUCAGGCAGGAAGAAUUCUCUUUUUCUAUGGGGAGGGUCAGCUUUUUGGUUCUGUUCAGGCCUUCAACUGAUUGGAUGAGGCCCACCCAUGUUAGGGAGGGGAAUCUGCUUUACUCAAUCUACUGAUUUAAAUGUUAAUCUCAUGCAAAAACACCCUCACAGGAAUCACCCAGAAUGUUUGACCAGAUAUGUGGGCACCUUGUAACCCAGUCAAGCUGACAUAUAAAACUAACCAUCAUAGUGCCUGAGUGGAAUUUUUUGUUUGCUUUUGUACUGUUCUUAAAUAAAAGUUUGGUAUUCUUUG